GCGAGUGCAGCCAGAGAUCAUCUUCAAGUAGGUCGAGCUCACAUCUUGUCAUCUUUUUAUGCGGAGUCGACGUUCGAAAAGCUGAUUUGGCAACAAAAUCAGAGUCAAUGUUUCAGCUGCCUAUUCUGAACUUCAGCCCCCAGCAGGUAGCUGGGGUGUGUGAGACCCUAGAAGAGAGUGGGGACAUUGAGCGCCUUGGUCGCUUUCUGUGGUCAUUGCCAGUAGCUCCUGCAGCCUGUGAGGCACUUAAUAAAAAUGAGUCUGUCCUCCGAGCUAGGGCUAUUGUGGCCUUUCAUACGGGGAACUUCAGGGAACUCUACCACAUUCUGGAAAAUCACAAAUUUACCAAGGACUCGCACACCAAGCUGCAGGCUCUGUGGCUGGAGGCGCAUUACCAAGAAGCAGAGAAGCUAAGGGGGAGACCUUUGGGGCCAGUAGAUAAGUACAGAGUGAGAAAGAAGUUCCCUCUCCCCAGAACUAUUUGGGACGGGGAACAGAAGACUCACUGCUUUAAAGAACGAACGAGGCAUUUGCUUAGGGAAUGGUACCUACAAGAUCCCUAUCCAAAUCCCAGCAAAAAAAGGGAACUCGCCCAAGCGACUGGACUUACCCCAACACAAGUAGGGAACUGGUUCAAAAACCGGAGACAAAGAGACAGAGCAGCGGCGGCUAAGAACAGGCUGCAGCAGCAAGUCUUGUCCCAGGGAACUGGCCAUUCAUUGGGUCCGGAUGAGAGAGGAGAACCGCUGGGCUCAGCCUCCAGUCCUGCAGCAAGUCUGUCCAGCAAAGCGGCCACCUCUGCCAUCUCCAUCACAUCCAGCGACAGUGAAUGUGACAUCUGACCCAUGGGCACACUUAGCGCAGCACAAACUUACAACACAGUGCCUGACUAAGCGUUACAGCCUGGGCCACAGGACCAUUAACAGGCCGUCUCAGUACCAGGGUUCGCUUAUCACAUUGGCAUUUCUGACUACUGAUCUGCCUGCAAUUCACAAUAGAAGACUGUAAGGUUUGUCACACUUAAUCUGGGGACCUACUAAUCCAAUGCCUCGAUUGCCUACUCUCCAAGUGUCUGA